AUGAUUAAUAUAUUUAAAUCUGACUUUGAAAGACAUCUCUAGUAGAGUUCCAUACUCAAUAAUGCAGUUUAGUUGAAUGUGACUGAUCUGAAAUUCUUAAUGAAAGGAUUCCAAGAGUAGUAAACUCCAAUCUCAAUAAGAACUAUAUUUAAGAAGUUUAUAAAUGCACUUCCAAUUAAGCCCUCGUAUAGAGUAAAAUUAAAGAUUUUGGCUGCAUGUCAUGUAUUGUUAGAUGAUUUGAUACAUGGUGCCAUAUUUGCAGAGUAUGUCAGUGAUUGGGAUGGGUUCGUAGAUGAUUCUUAUUCGAUUGAAGAUAAAUUUGUAGUUUUUUAUUUUCAAGUAUUGCAAAGAUUUGCUAAUAGCAUUGCUCUGAUUAAGAUGGUCAAAAAUUAGAGAUCAUACACUAUCAAAUAAUUUGAAGAAUUUUAAAAUAUGUAUUAUAAAGCGAUAAACUUAUUAAAUUUUGUAUUUUGCCAAACCCCACUAUUUAAAGAUAUUUUGGCAUAGAACAAGGAAGAUAUAAUUUAUGAGUUAUUGUUACUUUUAUGGAAUGAUGUCAUUGCAUUAUACCUCUUUCUAGAAAAAUUAAUUAAAGAGUUUGAGUUGGAAUAUUCAUCCCUCUAAACCUCAGUCUUCUUUUAAAUUUACUAAUUACUUCCAGACAUAUAGAAGGUUUAGAAUUCUAUAAAAGAAUUUUAUCAAUUGCAUUAUUACCAUAAAAUUGAAAAGCACAUUAAAGAACCUUAUUGGAAAGAAAUAAAUGAAAAAAAAUUGGAUGAAAUCCACAAAUACAACCAAAUUGUUAAAAUAUCUACAACUAGACACAAAUUAUAACAGCAAGCAAGAAGAAGGAAUUUAACAUUAACACCUCAAAAUAACUGCCAAUAAUAAUAUUUUUCAAAUACAACCCUUGGUUAUCUAAAGAGACUCUCCACUUGUGAAGAUCCGUUUGAAGUAAGUGUGCAGGAUAACUUUGGAUAUCAAUUCACAUAAUAGUGA